AUUUCUCUCGAGCACAUGGAGGACUCCUGUGCAAAGUUAAGGUUGUUGGGACAGAGCCCCUUCACGCCAACUCACGUCAACGAGGCGUCUUGUCAGCACGACAUCUACCAAAGACCCUCAAAGACUACUUUAGGUUGAUCAAGGGCAAGAGUACCACAGUCUAUAGACUCGUGAUCACUACUGUGCUGAUUGUCUUGAACAGUACACACGCAGCUGCGUUUUGUAUUUGAUGCACGACAUGGAUCUCUUCAGGUCAGUUUACCAAGUCAUAGAUCCUGUCAACCUCUCGACCGAAAAACUCGUUGUCGAAAUUGCGGGUACAGACUACCACGCACACAGUACAAUCCACUCUAGGCACUGAGGUUACUUAUCCGUAUUAUUGCCCAAAAAUCCACUAACCUCCAACAUGCUCGAGAACCUACUGCAAGCCCGAAUUAGUACCACUACGAAUUGGUCAGCUGCUACUAUUGCAAUGCUUGUAGAGCAAGUACGUGAAAACUGGUGCGCUGUUCACGAUGACUUCGUGUAUAUCUCUUUCAAAGCAAGGCCUGCCGGAACGGCAGGUACGUCUCGCUAGAUAUGGAGUUACGCGCAAGUCAUGGUCGAGAAGAGACAGGGAAAAGACAAUUUUCACCGCCGCUACUAUUACCACCAAUUCAGGUGCCUGUACACACAUGGACAGUGAUAGACACGCAAAGCUAAUGAUACAGAGAAGAUAUCUAGGCCAGGAAGGGAUAAACUUCACAGGCCCUGGGAUUGAAACCGUGACCAAAAGGAACACGAGGUACAGGCAGAGUCCACGUUUUUGCCGAGGAUAAGAAAUCCACCCUUGGGCGACACAACACGAACCAGCUGAGUCGGCACACUUGAACAUGGAAGCUGGUGCGAGUUUGAAUAAUGUUUGAUGAUCUGAGCGACCUAAACAAGUUAUCGCAAUACACCUAAUUACACACACGUAGGCUUGCCGCGUGUUAAUUUCCUACUGUCAAGAAGUAAGACACACAGCUAUCUUUAUAGAUGAAAGGGAAAAAAGACGAUCGACAACUACCAGCUUGGGGAUGUCAACGGUUGUUGCUGAAAUCGAAAAGGAAUAUUUGUUAUUGGGAUCACUGAAAGUCCCGGUGUAUCUUACCAGAAUACUCAGAGAUUCAUACGCC